ACUACGGAUCCGGAUCCGGGUCGGGGGCUUUGUGGCCCGUCAGUGAAGAAAACCCUACAAACUUUCGCGGAGAUUUUCUUAUUUCCGACCACCGUCGCCGGUCAAUUUUCCCCUCCUUCUUCACCGUCGAAGUUCGCACCGUGCUGCUUCACGCAAAUCGUAAACUUAAUAUGCUUCUCUGUUCUCAACUUUUAAGCUCUCUUGCACCUUUCAAGGUAUACUGGCGACUGCUGUUCGCAAUUUGUCAGCUCUCUUGCACUUUUUUAACUUUCAUUACUCUUAAUACAUGAAAAGGAGGAAUCUUUUUAUGGAAUUAUUGGAAACUUGUUCUAGUAACUUAUCCAUUUCACAGCUGCAUUCGCAGUGUUUGAAAGUUGGUCUUGCCCAUGAUAGUUUCAUUGUUACAAAACUCAAUAUUCUUUAUGCUAGAUAUGUAUCAAUUCACCAUGCACAUAAACUGUUUGAAGAAACGCCUCACAGAUCUGUUUAUCUAUGGAAUGCUUUGCUUAGGAGCUAUUGUUCCAAGGGAGAAUGGGUAGAGACGUUAUCUCUAUUCCGUCAAAUGUAUAAUGUUAGUGCUUUCUCAAUUGAGGAAAGACCUGACAAUUACUCGGUGUCUAUUGCGUUGAAAUCGUGCGCGGCUUUACAGAAGCCUUUACUGGGUAAGAUGAUUCAUGGGUUUCUCAAGAAAGAGAGGAUAGAUGAUGAUAUGUAUGUUGGGUCUGCCUUGAUUGAUUUGUAUUCAAAAUGUGGUCAAAUGAAUGAUGCUGUGAAAGUUUUUUCAGAGUAUCGAAAACCAGAUGUUGUUUUAUGGACUUCAAUUGUUAGUGGUUAUGAGCAGUGUGGCAGUCCGGAACUUGCACUCGCGUUUUUCUCCCGAAUGGUUGUCUCGGAGAAAAUGAGUCCUGAUCCAGUGACGCUUGUUAGUGUUGCUUCUGCUUGUGCUCAGUUAUCCGAUUUUAAGCUUGGUAGAAGUGUUCAAGGUUUUGUAAAAAGAAGGGGUUUAGAUGCUAAGUUAUGUUUGGCCAAUUCACUGCUUAAUUUAUAUGGAAAAGCUGGUUCUAUCAAGAGUGCAGAAAACAUGUUCAGGGAAAUGCCUGAUAAGGAUAUUAUAUCUUGGAGCACAAUGGUUGCAUGUUAUGCUGAUAACGGAGCUGAAACUAAUGCAUUAAAUCUUUUCAAUGAAAUGUUACAUAAGAGAAUUAAACCCAACUGGGUUACGGUGGUUAGCGCAUUGCGAGCGUGUGCUUGCACUUCCGAUUUGGAACAAGGUAUGAAGAUUCACGAAUUGGCUGUGAAUUAUGGUUUUGAGAUGGAAACCACUGUCUCUACAACUUUGAUGGAUAUGUACAUGAAGUGCUUUUCACCUGAAAAUGCAGUUGAUCUUUUCAACAGAAUGCCUGAGAAGGACGUAAUAGCUUGGGCUGUUUUAUUUAGCGGCUACGCUGACAUAGGAAUGGCACACAAGUCAAUGGAGGUUUUUUGUGAAAUGUUAGCUAGUGGAACUCGACCUGAUGCCAUUGCUCUAGUUAAGAUCCUUACUGCUAUUUCACAACUGGGGAUUCUUCAACAAGCGGUAUGUCUUCAUGCUUUUGUAAUUAAAAACGGGUUCAGAAAUAACCAAUUUAUUGGAGCAUCACUUAUAGAGUUGUAUGCAAAAUGUAGUAGCAUAGAAGAUGCUAACAAGGUUUUCCAAGGAGUGACAUAUAAAGAUGUUGUUACUUGGAGCUCAAUGAUUGCAGCUUAUGGAUUUCAUGGUCUUGGAGAAGAGGCUUUGAAAUUAUUUUAUCAGAUGGAAAAUCAUUCACAUGCUAAGCCUAAUAAUGUAACUUUCAUUUCAAUUCUAUCAGCUUGUAGUCAUUCAGGUCUGAUUAAAGAAGGGAUAAAGAUGUUUUAUAUCAUGGUUAACAAGUACCAAUUGAUACCAAACUCAGAGCAUUACGCGAUAAUGGUUGACCUUCUCGGUCGAAUGGGAGAGUUGCAUAUGGCUUUGGACCUAAUUAACAGCAUGCCAAUGCAAGCUGGACCUGAUAUAUGGGGAGCCUUACUCGGCGCAUGUCGCAUACAUCAGAAUAUAAAGAUGGGUGAAGUUGCAGCUAAGAAUCUAUUUGCAUUAGACCCUAAUCAUGCAGGGUAUUAUAUACUGCUAUCAAAUAUUUAUUGCGUCGACGAAAAUUGGCAUAAUGCUACAACACUUAGGAGACUGGUAAAGGAGAAUAGGUUGAAGAAGAUUGUUGGUCAAAGUAUGGUGGAGUUGAAGAACGAGGUUUGUUGUUUUGUAGCAGGUGAUAGAUUUCACAAUGAAUCUGACCAGAUUUAUGAAAUUCUGAGAAAAUUACAUGCAAAAAUGAGAGAAGAAGGUUUUGAUUCUCAGCUACAGAUAGAGGAAAUCCUAUGAGAUUUUAGAAUGUGAAUGUUGAUAAAAGAUUUUGGAUUUUUGACCUGAUAGUAAUCAGAUUGGGGAGAAAAUAUUUUGGAGUAAGCUAUUGUUUCAUUCUCAAAAUCACUCUUUUCAUUGUAUAGUCAUGAUGACAUUAAAUGGUUUUGAUUAGAGCACAUCAAUGCUAAAGGUUACAAAAGUAUUUUAGAUUUAAGAUGAAUGGCUAAUAGUAGUUAUAGGUGAAGAGUAAGUGGACUGAGAUACUUAAGGGGACUCGGAGUUCAAUUAUUUAACUCUAUCUUAAUUUCCCUGCGUGCUAUCAUAGUAUUCUUCGUCAUUGCAAUAAAGACAAAUUGGAACACACAUCACCAUUACCAGACCAUAAAGUGUGAAAUAUAAUUUUAUUAUCACCACUUUGUAUAUAUCGUCUUAAAAUAAUGAACCUGAGAAAAGAGUAAUAAGUUUCUUGAUAUGAGAAAGGAUGAAGAACCUGAGUCUAAAAAAAUUCUGGUUGAGAAAAUGAAAAAUGUUGUUGUAAAUGAAGUGGCUCUUGCAAAUACAGAAGCUAAUGUUUCUUGCAAUAUACCACCAUAUAAUACUUCCGUGACUACGCCUCAGGAGGCUUAUGUAUUGGACAAAAUCAUCCUUGAGAGAGAAUGGAAUUAGCUUGAAGACAUUUAUUAUAUUUUGGAACAGGGAGAAGCAGCACACUUCAGUGCUUACCCAAUAUUUAUUUGCAACAGCCUACAGGAUAGGCAGAUUAAAGAAGAUUGAGGAUGAGACAGAAAAGAAGAAGCAAUUUUGCAUAUCAAUCAUCUUAUCAAGUUCAAAGAUCAGCACUCCAUGGAUGGUGUUUCCUCUGCAAAGUCCCACAAAAUUCCCAAAUUUUUGCGUUCUAAAUUUUCAACGAUGUUUGAUGUUUCUGAAUCAAAAAGGCUGCCAACUGAAAAGAUUAAUCUUCCCAUUUCUUAUGUUUUGGUGCUCACACUUUUCAUCGACGGGUUCCAAACUGACUACAAAGAUAUAGCAAAGGAUCUGAGGAUGUCUCUAAUACCCGUGACUCCUCUACAAGCAUGUGGGUGGAAAAAUUGUAUUCCAGGACAAGAAAUCCUAUGCCACACUUCCUAUCCCACUUACAUGCCCUGAGUUAAAGCCAAAGAAGAGGAAAAGAUAGAUUGAUCCAUUUUUUGAAUCUGUUUUUGUUACUAUUGACUGUUGCAAAACAAGUUGUUUGGUAAGCCGUUUUGAUGCAGUGAUGUCAAAAUUUUGCUAUCCACCAUCCGAGGAGUGGUCGGAUACUUUAGUUACUCUUUUUAAUCUACUUACAUUUGAACCAUGUUGCUUUUGUGUUUUUGAUGAUUUUGAAAUUAACAUCGUAUUUAAAUUAAUAGACACAAGAAAUGUUUCUGGAUAAAAAUGUACUAUGACAGCUUUGAAUCCUUUCAUAUUGAAAUUCAA